CGGCGGCGGCGGCGUCGGGUCCGCUUACGGACUGUCACCGCCGCCGCCCGUCCUGCUCACCACGUCGCCCAGCUCGCGGAUCAUCAGGCAGAGCUCGCAGCCCGAGGCCACCGGCAGCGCGUCCAUGUGCUCGGGACACUGUUGCCACAACAUCCACCAUCAGCCCAGCUCGUCGCUGCGACAGCUCCGCGACCCGGCCGACAACAUAGCCAUGAUCGCGGCCGACUCGCUGCGGAUAAACGGCGCGAUCAGACAAUUUCGACAGGCGGGAAUCCUGCUCUCAGCUCAGACGUUGGCAGCUCAGGGAACUCAGGCGCGUCGGGCACGACUCAGACGUGCAUUGACAGAAGCUGCGAAUUCAGACACAGUUCCAAUCAUCAAAACGCUGCGAAAGCACACGUCAUCGACAUUGUCGAUCACUAGUGGGAUGAAGGUUAGCGGUUCUGGUGGCCGAGGCGAUAGCGGCGUAGUGGGCGAGGAAGCCGGCAUAGCAUUGGUUAGCAUACAUUCCGACUAUCCCCGCUACACCGAAGAACGUACCGGGUUGGUGUGCAAGGGUACCAGCUUAGUAGGUUCCAGUGGUAAUAUAACCGGCAGUAAACACAAGCCAAACGUCGGAUACAGACUGGGUAGGCGUAAAGCACUUUUCGAAAAACGAAAAAGAAUUAGUGAUUACGCUUUAGUGAUGGGAAUGUUUGGAAUUAUAAUCAUGGUCAUCGAGAAUGAGUUAGCCAGUGCAGGAGUGUACUCGAAAUCGCAAUUUUGUAAAAUGUUUGUUGUUUGUGGUCAUGUUAGAAAAGGAUGGGAAAUUUAA